CUGUGAUUGUACACAGUUUACGCGCAAAUUUCGCAUCAUAACCGCCUAAAUGAAGAUCUAAAACGUGAAAUUGGGCUAGCGAAUCGUCCAUCGAUAGCAACAUGAUGUCAAUUCAUUGACAUCCUGAUUCCCUGUAUCGAAUUACGAAGCUGCUGGUUCGUCUCUGUUGAAGAUUCUCUGAUCGCAGACGAAAACAAGUGACAAUCGCAGGUGAAGUUUUUCACCCUUUUCAUGAUGAUCUAAAACGUGAAAUUGGGUUAGAAAAUCAUCCACAGAGAGCAAAAAGACGUCGAAUCAUUGACAUCCUGAUUCUCCGUUCCGAAAUAUCAAUUUACGAAACUGCUGCUUCGUCUCUGUUGAAGAUUCUCUAAUCGCGCUGCGUCACGUCUUUUCGCCUUUGCGGCUGCAGAGCAGAAACAAGCGACAGUCAGAGGCGACGUUUUUCACCCCGAGAUACGAAAAACAAGCGAAUCGUCAGAAUGUCGGAAGAAACGGAGCUGCGGGAAUACCUGGAAGAGGACGGAGGGACGAUAACCUCUGAAAGCUUUACCUUCGCUACACCAAGUUUCGUAUCAAGUCCUGACAAGGUAAUAAACUUCGGGGUGAAUUCUGAGCAUGUAUUUUCCGCCCGCCAGAACCAGGAGAACUCGUUCAUUUUCGCACCUCCAGCAAGCGCCUCGCAACUCAGCUCACAAAUCGAAGACUCUGGCGAGGAAACGGUGCAGGAACUAAAGGCGGUCAGAAAGCUUUACAACGCACCUUCGGGCCUUUUCACUUCAGCGCUGCAACCCUUCGAGGCCACGGAUAAACUCAUCGAGGAUUACCGUCAUCUCAAAGAACAUGCCAAGUCGCGUUCUGCGGUUAAAGAGGACACGAGAAAAUCAAUCACAUGCACCAAUGUCCCCGAGCAACUGUUGACCAAAACGGCGGCGAAGGAAUAUUUCACCCAGUUUGGCCAAACGGUGAAGAUUACAUUGAAACCUCGUAAGACCACCAUCACCGUCCACUACACUAACAGGGCGGCGGCAAACGCCGCGUUUCACAAAGCUGGUCAAUUUGCGGGAAAGAUGUUUGACGUGUCUUGGACGAGUUCGGAAGUUGCGCCUAAAUCUUCAACGAAAAGGACAGUCAAAUCUGAUGAAGAGGCUGUGAGAAAUCUCAUCACCGCCGACAAGUACACGGUGAAUGCUGAACUCCAGGCUAUGAUGGGGCUGGAGUACAAUAUGCACGGCGUUAAAACACCACAGGUCUUACUACCCCCUAAACCGAAAUUGAAAAAGUCUAGGGAGGUCACAAAAAACGAGAAGCUGCCGUCCAAGGCUGCCCUGAAGUCUGAGAGACCCGAACACGAGCCUCAGGCGAUUGUGCCUAAAGCAAGCGCCGAGGAGCUGCAAAACAUCAUUCGUCAAGCGGCUUACACCGCAGAAGAGAAGUACAAGGUGCUGGAAGCGAGAGAUAGAUUAAUAAGACUAAAACAAAUAAAGCCAAACAGUUUGGCGGCAGCCAAAAUAACUAUAGGCACUUGUCCUGAUAUGUGUCCCGAGAAGGAGCGACUGAUGCGCGAAGCGCAGCGGCAAGUAGCGCUAUACGAGCAGCUCGAGAGCAGAGAAUACAGGAUAAAUCACACCAAGGCUGUAAAGCAAUAUUCGAGGUCAUCAGCUGAUCAGGAGGAACCGCUGGCCCAUGAAUUGAGGCCUGUCGCGUCGUUGAAAAUGACGAUGAGCUACCUGCUGCACGAGAUCAUGGACAUGUGCAUGGCAGAGAGCACAAACCUGGCAGAGUGGUUUCACUUCCUAUGGGACAGGACGAGGGGCAUUCGCAAAGAUAUAACUCAGCAGGAACUGUGCUGUGUAGAUAGCGUUGAGCUGGUUGAACAAUGCGCAAGGUUUCACAUAUUCUGUUCGGAACGUCUGUGCGCUGAGGGGCCGUCCGUCUUUGACAAGAAGAUAAAUACCGAGAACUUGACCAAGUGCUUGCAGACGUUGAAGUACAUGUACCACGACCUCAGGGUGAAAGGAGUCACGUGCGAAAAUGAAGCAGAAUUUAGGGGGUAUAUCGUGCUGCUCAAUUUAGACAACGCUAACUUCAUGUGGGACCUCCAAAAGCUGCCACCCGAUAUACAAAAGUCUCCCGAAGUCAGAUUCACCAUUGAAGUUUACUCGUCCAUUGACUCUCACAACUUUUCCAAGUUCUUUAAGCUUGUCAAAAAGACGACUUACCUUAACGCCUGCAUUCUGCUGCGGUACUUCCAGCAGGUCAGGGUCAAGGCCCUGUCUGUAAUGGUCAAGGCUUACUGCAGAGUCACAUUCAACCCGUUUCCACUCUAUGAACUAAUUGACAUCCUUGGAUUUGAAGAUGAAAACGAAGCCGUUAACUUCUGUAAACAAGUUGGGCUCAACAUUUCCACGGAUGAAAUGGACAUUGUUUUAACCAAAGAAAAUUUCAGCGAGCCUGAAUCGUCCAUUGAACAGGGCAGAGCUAUUCUCACUGUGGAAUCCAAACGAACCCGGCAUCGUCUGAGUGUCGGGCAAUGCAUCGCAGGUGGUAGAAUGCCUGAGAAAAUUUACAAAAAUCAUAUUCCCCACGACAGUUUUGAUUCAAAAGGAUACCUGCAACCCAGCGCCAUUAACGUCGAGGAUCAAACUAAACAGUACAAAUGUAAAACAGGCCCGGUCAAAAAUGAUCCCUAUGAAUUUAUGGAGGAAGACACGAUUAAGUCUUCGCAGAAAUUAAGACCACAGUUGAAAUCAGAGGAUCAAACUGAUACUGGGACCAGAAAACCAAACCAAACACUUUUGGCUGAAUCUUCGAGCAAAUCUGCUGGCUUCGGCGAUGUUCUUAAUAAAAGUGAUAAAAUUCCGCCAUUGUUUCCCACUGUCUUUGACCAAGCUCCUGUACAAAAGGUACAAUUUUCAUUUAUAAAACCAUCCACUGCUUUCCAAAAGUCGGAAACUAACACACCGUUUGUAUUCAGAGCAGAUACCAGUUUACCACUUGAAAACAAGGCUUCAAUUUCUGAUGUGAAGCCUUGUCAAAAUUUGGGGGAUGGAGAUAAAUUUAAGAGUCAUAAUUUUGGAGCAUUUUCAAAGCUGAGUCAAGGCACAGCUCAGAUUGGGAACCAGAAACCAAUUAGCGAAAAUAAUACAGGUUUACAACAUGGACUCGAGACGUCGAAAACUAAAGAUAUUUCCCCGUUUUGUAUGCCUCAGAAAAAAAGUACAUUUUCGGAGAUUACGCCGAAGAAUAUUUUUGGAAAACCUGAUAGCGGAGUGCAAAUUGUAGGUACCAAAACAGUAAAAACAGAUGCGACAAGGGAAUUUGAAAAAAAAGAAAGAGAAAGAAUUGAGGUAGAGUUGAACAAAAAGAAAUUAGAAGAGAUGCAGAGACAGCUUGAAGCUGAGAAACAGAAACUGAAGGAAUUGGAACGAGCAAAGAGGUUGAAGGAGGUAGAAAAAGAAGCCAAACAAAUCCUGGAUGAGGUAGAAGACGAGAUGAUGAAGGAAAUAUGCGAAUCUGUGCUAAAGGAAGCGAUCGAUCUUCAAAAAAUGUACGACGUGCUGAGCAAAAACGAAACAGAAUCUUUAGUAGACCAAAUUGUGUUGCAACUUUGUACGGAACUUCUAAAGGAAGAAAUACGUAUCCAAGAUGGAUUGAACAGAAUAUCGAAACGAAUCGAACAUCGAAUAAUGAAAAAGUAUUACAAGACUUGGAGGCAAAAUGUCACUAAAAAGAGACGUCAAAGAGAAGCUCUCGACGACACACCGGUCUGGCUACAAAAUCACUCGGUCAGCGAGUGCGCCAGACUGUUAUAUCACCCUGAGCAGGAUAUGGUACUCGACAACAUGAGGAGAAAAAGAUUAAGAACCGAUUCACCACCACAGGAAGACAAUCUUGCACCAGUCGAAGUGAUAAUAUAUGCCGGAAUAAAGGAGAAUUUAAAAUCGUCCGACAACGAACUGAUCCCCAAUGUAUUUUGGAAGCUUGUUAUAUCAUGGCCCGACGUCGAGCACCAGGUUCAACUGUGGCAGUAUAAAAAAAUAAUGAACACCUACCUAAAUCCUGAAAACUAUACGCAAGAGCCGAUAAUGAAGACCUACAGUCCGAACGAGUACGAAACCUUGAACAUAUGCAUAAGACACUUUGAGGGUAUAAUCAAUGAUUAUAAUUUGGUCGGAACUGAUGGUUUGUUAUUUUUGGCAGCCUCUUCAGAGAACUUGAAUACAGUCAAGCGACGUUUGUCAAAAACCAUUUUGUCCAGAUCCAAGCUCAUGCCUAUACCAAUAGCGAUUGUAUUCCUGGGACCUGAUGACCUGGUGCCAGAGAAUGUAGAGUUGGAGCUUGAUUUAGAGAUUCUAUUGGAAUCUGGCUAUGUAUCUGAGUAUACUGUCGUAUUCGAAAAAGAAAUUAACAAAAGUCAAAUACUCAGAUUAAUCCAAAGUGCUGCACUCUGGUUAACAACAAAUAAAUCACCUGUUGUACCUUUGGAAAUGGAUUAUCUUAACCAGGUGUUGAGCGCUUGUUUAACUCAAGAAUUAUGGCUAAGAAUACAAGGACACUCCAACUUCAACAAACAUCUAGCCUCAGCGUUAGACGAUCCUGCUUUUAUCAUUAACUUGCAUAAUGAAGCUGUUACGCAUCUUACCGAUAUAUUUUUGGACCCAGAGUCCUUACAAUAUACUGAGUUUCCAAGAGAAUUUAAGUCGCUGUUGAGUGACCAGGUGGACCUGCCAUACAGCUAUGAGUAUUUUGAUAACGCAUGGAAGAACGAGCAAAAUAGAUCUGAGCUUGAGCAAAUUAUGAACAGUUUUCGACUGCCGGAUUGGAAAUAUCAGUGGCCAAUAGCAAACAUGUCGGAACUUCACAAUGCAAUAAAAAACUACUGUUCGAAAGCAUUACCUGACUAUAAUUGCGAUGACUUGGCUUACAAAGUUAUGAACGCUCUCUUUUUCAUGACCGACAACUCGAAAAGCCUUAGUUUUAUAGAGGUGAUUCUAGAGAUCGCGAAGAGAAAGAUUUUAUUGCUCGAAACGGAUUUAAGAGUAGUGUAUAAUAAAAAUCACGUCAAACAUUUCCGUACGUUGCCGUGGUGGUUUAAAUCGAGUAUAUUGUUGGAAUACAUUUCACAAAAGGAACUUGACAUCCAAAACCAAGCGAGUGAAAAAACUUUUAUGAAUGAACCGUUCGAAAAGCGGCAGCGAUUGCAACCCGAUUUUAACGAUGAUUUAGAUGUAGAUAGUUUCUAUGAUCGUAAUGACAGCCUAGCUGAAUAUUGUAAAGAAAGUCAAGACCGAGUUAUGACUGUACACGGUAUGUGUAAACAGUUUGAACUCGAUAUGGAAAAACAGAAAAUGAAAAAUAAAGCGCUGAACAAGCUCUUGGAACAAGCUUUACUAGACGAAGAUCUAAAUAUUUUGAAUUGACGCUAGGUGUAGGAUAAAUUAAUAGCACUUGACAUUUACACAAAAGAGUGAAAUAUUUAUUUAAAAUAAUGUAGUAAAAAGCCUUUCUACUUUGUUAAAAAAAAAACCGCAAUAAAUAAUUGAAACGGCCUCAAAUUCAUUAUUUACAUCGAGUUAUAAGAAAUUUAAUUGAUUUUUCAACCCAAGUGCUAUCUUAAUAAAAUUAUUAUCUAAACUAAAUUGUAAGUUUCAUUGUAAUUAUGGUAAGUUUGUACAUUUCGCAAAAUAAACUCCCUCCAAUACAAGCAGAGGAAAAAAACCAUACUCGGGCAAGAACAACUACAGUGACAAUUUAAAAAUUAGUUGUGUACAUAUAAUUAUUCAAAUAAAAUGUUGUGUAAAUUAUA